CACGUAGAAAUUGUACCUUUUGCUUUUUCUUCUAUUGCAGUCCUAUCCUGGCGAUCGCAGAGCAUCACACAGUGACACGGCAAGAUGGCACAGUCUACUCACAAUGCCUCACGCAAGCUGUUACCUACUGGCAAAUUACAUUCUUCAUUAUGGUCAUAAUACUGCUCUAUGUACUCCCCUUAUUUAUACUUAUAGUUCUCUACAGUAUUAUAGCUAAAAAUCUUAUCACAGCAGCAUCUAAAGUUGUAUUAAACAAAACAGUCGACCCAUACAAUACGAGAGCUAGAAAACAAGUGAUAUUAAUGCUUGGGACUGUGGUUUUAUGCUUUUUCUUAUGUCUAAUGCCUUACAGAGUUCUAAUAAUGUGGAUAAUAGUAACACCAUCAGAGCUCUCAGAUACUGUAAGUCCUGAAAAAUGGUAUAAUUUACUUUAUUUCUCGAGAAUAAUGUUGUAUAUUAACUCGGCUAUAAAUCCAAUUUUAUACAAUUUGAUGUCAUCUAAAUUUCGAAUUGGUUUUUGCAAGAUUUGCAUUUGUAAUAAACAUUUCGCUGAAAGAAGUCAGAAUAGACGUGUGCAAAGAACAGCAACAAAUGGUUCAACAACUAGCAGCAGUUUGUCAAGAACAACAAACAGUUUAAAGAAAUUCUUCAGUCAUAGAAGCAGUAUUGAAAAGAGUAAUGAAUCUGAGAGCAAAGAUAAAGAGAAAAGGCAUGGCUUUUAUAGAAUGUUUACAAGUAAACGGUUUAUUAGACAACAAUCUGCCCCAAUUUGUCCCAGUCCUAAAGCGAAUAAGAUUAGCAGAAUGAGGAGCGAAGGAAACAUACUUGAAGUUGAUUCGUUUGAGGUCGAUCGUAAAAUAAAUCGCUAUCCUAAAGAUGUCGCGUCAAAAUUUAUUGGUCAUUCCAAUGUUAGUACUAAAAAUAGAACAGAUAUAGAAAUGGAUUUGACUCGUUCCCAAGGAUCUUUGAGGCGUAGCGUUUUAAUAAACAGCGCUAAGGGAAAAAGUUUCGAAGGAGACAGUAAAAAGUUCGUUUCGUACCAAAAGAUAAGGGUCGAAUGUGUGGUCGGCUUUCAGAAGUCGAGGA